AUGUCUGAAUCCGUAGGCGCGUCAGCUCCUGCUGUGUCCCGAAGGCCUGAUGCGCAAGUCUCUCCGCUCGCCAAGACUGUCACUACAUUCCUCAACCUGUCUCCAACCAAGAGCGCAACCUUGUUUUUCACGGACUCCCCCAGUCGUGACGCGCCGAUUUUUGGCGAGUCCCCCACUCGGCCCCCGUGGCGAACUCAGACGGCUCCCCGCAUCGUUCUACCUGCGCUCCCACAACAACGCUCACCAGGCGAAGUGGACCCACGCGAGCAGUCGCUGGAGGCUGUGCCUGAACCCCUUUCUUGCACCCCACUGGCUGGUGAUCUGAACACUCUGAUCCAGCUCAUCCUGCACUUUGCUCAUUCCGCCCCACCUCCGUCCUCUGCAAUGACCUCCGAGCUCAUCCUAUACCUCGAGCCCGCGCGCUUCUCGACCCUAUGGACACAGCUGCAGUCGUUCUUCCUGGCCAGUCAGUCUCAGCCCUGGUCCGAAAACGAGGCCGCACGGUACCCAGCGCAUGUCACCAUGGUCGGAUUCUUUGACGACCCCAGUCCUACCACUACCACGACCACGACAAAGGACCGACUAAUCGAGUAUCUGGGUCAGCAUAUCCACCAAAUCAGCCUCGCCAGUGCACCAUCGAGUCGCGUAAAGCUACGGGGAUUGCUCCGCCCCCGUCCAGACCUCCUCCUCAUCGCGAUCGAGCCUCCCACAGAACUCCUGGACAUGAUGCAGGCGUGGAAAGACGCCUUCCCAGAACUCGAACUGCGGCUUAAGAAGAUCAACCAUCUCUCAUUGUGCUACUGGGACGAGCAGGAGACCCAGCGGAAAAGGAUCACAGCCAAAGAGAUGGAUCAACGUGUAGAGUGGACAGAUUGGGCGACAGGGAUGGUUCAAGAGUGCAUACCAAUGUCACAAGCUGAUACCCCAGGUGUCAACGAGUCCUGGGAUAUUGUACUUUACUCGAUCCAAGGUCGGGACAAGAGUGAUGGCCUGCCAUAUCCACUUGUGGAGCUCGCACGCUGGGCUCUUGCCUGA